AAGAACUAAACUGUUACACGUAUGUGGCUAACUUUUACAAGCAUGCUUUUAAUUUUUGAGUGUGACACCGGAACAAAAUUAAAAAGUUUGAGUUCAUCUCCCGCUCUCGCUGUCACGUUACUAUAGUAAUGGACAGAGGCAAAUGGGACAAGAUGCUCACCUGUUUUCAGGCAUAUGCGCGUGGAUACUUGGUGAGAAAGGAAAUCCGUCGGGCAGGAGAAGACUUUGAAGAAAUCGUGAAUGAAAUUGAUGGAAGUUUGAGCCAUCUCGAGUGGAGCGAGACGGUUAUCCCCAUUCCCCACUUCACUGAUGCUGGCGGCCCGUUUCUACGACCAAGCAGCUCCACCAGGAAGCCUUCAAAGGCAGGACCAGAUGACCGUACCAGUUCCCAAAGCCCAUCAGCAUUAGCACCCUCAUUAGAGGAAAGGCGAGGUUCCCUGCUGGAGAACAUAGAAGCAGAGAGAGAUGAUUCACCAAGCAAAGGGCACGCCUCACUUUCUAAGGACUGUUUGGGACAGAAAGAAAGCAGUGUGGUGGAUAAAGAUGGAGAGGUGAUGGAGAGCACAGGAGACUCCACCAGCGUCUGGAGCAGUUUGGAGCUGGACAUGAACUAUGGUCACUGUCACAAAGGUUCCCAGCGGUACCACUUGGCCCAGGAGGUUCCCUGUACUCCGGAGGCCCUACGUCUCCACAGAAACACCCUGACCAUGGAGCUGCUCUGGCUCCAACAGGCCAUUGACAGCAGGAAAAAGUACUUGACACUGAAGGAUAGGCUGAGCGUGUCCUGACAGCAGAAGUAAUCUGAACUUGGCUUGAUGAUGUGAAACUGCAGGCCUGACUGCAGGAAGUCAGCUGAACUCACUCCAGUUGCAUCUGUUUAUGCUAUUAUUUUAUACAAAUGCGGCCCCAAUUCCAAAAAAGUCGGGACACUGUGUAAAACAUAAAUAAAAGAGAAUGUCAUAAUUUUCUAAUUCUAUUUGACAUUUACUCAAUUGUUAAAAAAAUACAAAGGUAACAUAUUUAAUGUUGUCUUCAAUCAUUAGUCAGUGUCAGUGAAAUACGUCAAUAAACACCCGUGUGGAACUGGUUAACAGGUAAACAGGGUCAUUUUUAACAGGUGAUAGUAUCAUGAUUGCAUUCUAAAGGGGCAUCCUCGAAAGGUUCAGUCUCUCACAAGCAAGAAUGGCUCAAGGUUCACUACUCUGAGGAACACCUGACUCUAUAAAGGAUAUUACUAUAUGAGGUCUAGAACACUUUGUUGCUGGUAGACACAUUUUGUUUGCAGAUGAUUGCAUUCUGUUUUUAUUUACAUUUUACACAGUAUCCCAACUUUAAAUAAAUUGCUUUCAGUAGUAUUUAUCAUGUGAUUGAGCAGACCUGUACAUUGUGUGUAUUAUAAUGUGGAAAAAAAAGAAUAAAUUAUAUAUUUUUAAAA